CGCAACAUGCUAUCUAUUUAUGAGUUCAACGAAGACAAGAAUAUUUGGCUUGCAAAGCCUUUUGCAAUCGCAAAGGAUGCACCCCCUGCACCAUCAUUGGUCCAGAUCCUUACGUGGAAUGUCGACUUCAUGGAACAAGGAGUGGACGAACGGCUCGAAUGUGUCCUUGAACACGUACAGUACGAUGUUUUCAAGUGUCCGAAUCACGAAGCACCAGCGCCUUGCGUUAUCCUCCUGCAGGAAGUAAAAGCGGACGCAUUGAUUGAUGUGCUUCUCUGCAACGAAUGGGUGCGGUCUCAUUUCCACGUCACGCCAGCCUCCAAUGAGGACGACUGGCCGUACAGUUCAUACUAUGGCAACAUCACUCUGGUUGCAAAAGGAAUACCUGUUGCGGCCGUGUCAAGCCUGGACUUUGCUAAUUCUAUCAUGGGCCGUACUGCACUGAUGGUGGAUGUGCUACUGACCCCGCGUGGGACACCCGACACGAACACGGACAUAGUCGGAGGCGACGGCGCUUCUGGUGCUCUAAAAAUUCGCAUCGCGAAUGUGCAUCUGGAAUCUUUGCCAUUGGGCGCUGCAAUGCGUCCGCAGCAGCUCAAGCUCGUUGCCGACGCGCUGCAGGAGCCCGGGCUUGAUGGAGGGUUUGUUUGCGGAGAUAUGAAUGCAAUCACGGAACGGGAGCAAGAAAAGAAUUACUCCAAGGAGGUGGGGCUCGAUGAUGCAUAUGUCGGAGCCAAUAAUGAUGGUCAUACAUGGGGAAAUUACCAGACCGAGUACCCACCUGGGAGACUGGAUAAAGUGCUUUAUACACCCGGGAGAAAUCUGACCGUUGAGAAUCCCCAGCGGAUUGGCGUCGGACUGAAGACGAAGGACGGACUGUGGGCAAGUGAUCACUAUGCUGAUUUGUCUGACAUCAUACGUCCUCGUCAAUUUCACACAUUGGCACAAGCAACCGUCCAGAAUGGAUUUGAGGUAUUUCCGCAGUCACUCUUGGGUGCAAAACGCCAAGUUUUCGAGCAUGAUAGCGGCUUCCAUAAGCGGCAACCACUCAUCCCCUUCCGUUUAGCCUCUAUUUUCGCGCUUGCCGCUGCUAUCGGCGUCAGCGCUCAGCAGCUUCACAUCGAUACCCCGAGCAAUGUCGUCCAGUGCCUGCCUCAGCUUCUCACUUGGGGUGGAGGAACUGGCCCAUGGUUCGUUAGCGUGCUUCCUGGCGGCCAACCUGGUGCUGCUGCGCUCAUUGACUUCGGUCAGCAGUCCGGCACGCAGUUGACUUGGGUCGUCAACAUUGCUGCAGGCACGUCUAUUGGUCUUACUGUCCGUGAUCAAACUGGUGCUACUGCCGAAUCCGCUCCUUUCAACAUUGGUUCGAGCAGCGACAGCAGCUGUGUUGGACAGCCCAUUUCUACUGUCUCAGGUUCCUCAACUGGUGCUGCUACUGGUGCAAGCACUGCUUCAGGUGGUGCGACUACUACUGGGUCUUCGUCUGGUUCGACCACCUCGGGUGGCUCUAACAGCGCCACUGGUACCACGACGAGACCAUCAUCCACUGGAAGCGGCACCGGAACUGCUUCAGGAGCGGCGACCUCCUCCAGCGGCGCUGCGAGACCUUUCGCAGAAAUCGGAUCUGCUGGUCUUAUUGGUGCUGUCAUCGCUGCAAUUUUCGUUUAAUUUCCCGAAGAUUCGGUGCUAAUGCGUGCAAUGAUUUGCGACACUGUGGAUUGUCCAAAAGAUAUGAGGGCAUGACGAAUGGACUCUAACGCUUGGUUUUCUGUCUUUUAUACUUUGAACACUCCAUCCCAACUAUCCCUGCCGGAGCGACUCGUCCUAGCUCGUUCUUUCUCUGUCUUACCAUUGCGGAACGAUAGUUUCUCUCUUGAUUCGUAGCUCGAACCUUUACUUACUUUGUCUUUUUAUAUUUUGAAUUUCACUCAUCUUUCUAAACAUUGGGUCUCGAGGUCUUACGUGAAUUGUUUGUUGUAUGGCCUCGCGCCUGCUAGUUCGAUUUUGUUUGUUCUAGACUCUCGUUAAUGGAUGUUUGCGAUUUUCUGC